UCCGUUCUGUCCGGGAACCUGGCAGAGGGCGGCAGGGGCUCGGAGGUGGGGAGCCCUGGGCCAGGCCGGGCCCCGGCAGCCCUCAGAGGCCGUGGCGCUUGCGGGUGCCAGCGCUGGCGGCAUGGAGCAGCCGGUCCUUCUCGCGAAUCUCCUCACGGAGCUGGGCCUCGGCCAGGCGCAGGCGGCGGAUGCUGCCCUUCAUCUCCUUCAUCUUCACCUCCAGCAGCGCAAUGAUGUCGCGCUGCUCAUUCAACUUCCUCAGCAGCUCCUCCGACGUGGUGCCCGACGACAGCGAGUACGAGUGGUCCGGGGGGCCGCCCUCCACCGGGCCCUCCUCCCCCACCGCCGCCGGGAGCCUCCCGGGGCCGGGCCCAGCGGUCGCCCCGGACCCGAGCUCCACCUGCACCGUCAGGUCGAUGGGCUUCACAUCUUCGGCCGCGCCCCCUGCCGGGGCCUCGGUGGGGGCGGCAGCACCGGGGCCCUGGGCGGCGGUGGCAGCAGCAGCGGCGGCGGGGCGGGGGCGGCGGGCGGCCCGCUGCGCCUUGCGCUCGUUGACGCCGCGCAGCGGGAAUAUGGUGGGGACCCGCACCAGAACAUACCUGGUUCAGGAAAGGACAAGAAUUCUGGCAGAAGCACCUUGGUGAAGCAGAGACCAGCUGUGUUCCCUGAUCUUGACAAUGACACCCCACGGAAUAUGCUCAAGAGAAUCAUCCAGACCCAGCCACAAGUUUCACCUCUGGCACUUAGGAUAUCUAAACAUGAAGAAACAGAAGGACCUGUAUGGGAACUCCCAGCUAAGAGGAUUUCCAACAUGGGGGAAAUGCAACUGCCAGACCUUGUUCCUGAGGAUGCAUCUAUUGCCACAUUCCGUAUGACUAAGAAGAGAAGGAAAAUCAGCGUUUCUGAAUUUGAGAGAGCAGCAGAUGAACGGCUUCCCCAGAACCAAGCUCGGUCAACGCUGGACAGCAGCACCGCUUUGGCUCGGUCUCUUAGCAUGUCUCUUGGUACCGUGAUCCCACCAGACACUGUUGAAAAGAGAGGCUUGCUCCGGAGGCCAAAAAAUCGCAGAGCUAUUGACAUAGAAGCUUUUGAAGGUGGAGUGGAACAGAACAUGCUGAAAAGAAAAGCACAGAAGUAUCUUGUGGACUCACAAACAGCAUCUGAGAUUCAAACCACCGUGCUGACCAGUGACGUGGAAAUCAUGCUGAGUAACACAGAGCUCUUUGUUCAGCCUCAGUUUGAUGAUCAGAGCCAAAAUAAGCUUUCUGUUCUUGAACCACAGCUAUUGAAUUCAAAAACUUCAGCACAGAGAAGCAAGAUUUCUGAUGCUGCUCAAGAGGAAACAAGGCUGGUGGGCACAGAUACAAGAAGGACACCAAGAAAUUCUGAGAACUUAAUCCUUGAUCAUGAGCAUGCUGGCAGAAUGACUCCUCUUUCUCCAGGAACACCUGCAAACCAGCAAGAAGAUAAGCACAGUCAUUCCCAGCAGAGUAACCCAAUGAAACAGCUUUCUGUUUCAGAAGAGGUGGCAGUUGGCACUGCAGAGCAUCAUGCAAAUGCUGGAUAUUCUGAAGAUUUGGAGAAGACACUGAGGGAGAAAGGAGAAUUGCAGAUAACUGUGGCACAGGAUGCCAGAGCUGAACCAGAAGUGUCCUCUUCAGAAGAAGGGGGAAUAGCAGAAGGCAGUGUUGAACACCCAGGCUCUCCCAAAGCUGAACAUGAGAUCACCAAAAGUGUUGGAGGUGAAAGUCUGGACAGGCAUUCCCACACUUCCUCCUCUGAAAAAUCUGGGAUGAAGUUAUUGAAGGAAGCUGUUGAACAAGCAGAUGAGCUAGAGGACCAGGCUAUCAAGAUAGAAUUGGAUGGUAUGGAAGAAGGGCCCACUGAGGAUGAAGCUGAAGACCCUGAGAGUGAAGGGGAUUCCAUGAAGACACCCACAUUUGUCCGUGCUGUAGCCUACAAGCCACUACUGUCAACUCCACAUCCUGCAAAACCUGCUGCUCCCAAGUUGUCAGCUCCACGUCCUGCAAAACCUGCUGCUGCCAGGUCUCCCCAGCAGCCGCUGCAGGCUAACCGUGUUCCAAAGGGCUCGGGUGUGUCACAGAGGAAAACAAGUGAGCCUGAAAUAGCAAGCAGUUUGAUAAAGAAGAUAUUUAGCCAUUAUGUGAAAAUGCCAGUGGCCAGAGAUGCCCUCAAAAUUGUUCAGAAAUGCUCAGAGAAAUAUUUCAUGCAGCUAAGCAACGAUCUGGAAGCUUACAUCCACCAUGCGGGCAGGAAGACAGUGGAGAUGGAGGACCUGGAAGUCCUCAUGAGAAGACAAGGGCUAGUGACAGACAAGAUGCCGCUGCAUGUGCUGAUCGAGCGUUACUUCCCCCUGGAGUACAGGAAGCUCCUGAUUCCAGUUGCUGCGAGUGGAAAUAAAGUGAUCCCCAGCAAAUGAACAUGCCCCUCUGGUGGGGAUGGCCCCCAUGGGUGUGAGGCCACUCUCCUGGCCAAGGCUGCCUGUGGGUUAUUCCAUGGAAUUGCUCCCUGUGAUGGUUUCAUACGAGUAACUAGUGGGGCGAUAAGUGGUUGACGUCAUCUUGAACCAGUGCAGGCUGGGCUGUGGCUCUCACACCCGCCUGCUGGGUCUCACCAACCGUUAUUACAAGUAAUUUUGACCACCCUGACUUUUUUUAUAUUACCACUGAAUACUUGUACAGCUCUGAUAAAUAAAGUAUUGUAUAUAUUCUGAGGAA